UUUAAUAUUAUGACUGUAUUUGCAGCUCCCAUGGGCAGUAUCUCAUCCAUGGAGGUGAAUGUGGACCCACUAGAGCAGAUGGAUCUGAUGGACAUCUCUGACCAGGAGGCCCUUGAUGUCUUUCUUAACUCGGGCUCUAGAACAGACGCAGCCACUUUAGCAUCACCACUACCAGAAGGGGAGGAUGAAUAUGAAGAGGAUGAAGAUGCCGAAGUUGUGUACCGGCGGUGUGUUCCCUUGAAGCGGCAACAUGAGGUGCAUCACAGCUCAAAGUCUCGAAUGUCAUCGACUUCUUCUGGUUCGUCUGAUACCAGUCGAGGUGGAGGCGACACACCUGUGAUCCAGUCGGACGAUGAGGAAGUACAAGCUGACACGCUGUUGCUGACCUCCACCCCACAAAACAGGGAUGAUGAGACAGAGGAGGAAGAGGAGGAUCGAUGCCUUCUAACUUCAUCUUCAUAAAGACCUUCUGUCAAAAAAGUCCCUCUCAGUCCACUCCUGCAAAGUCUACUCAUGAACUCCAUCAAGGAAAUAAUGCUGUCGUUGCCAUCUUCUGUUAGUCAGCCAGUUAGUUAAUUAGUUAGCUACUUUGUCAACAGGAUAUCUCAAGAAGACGUGUAGAUGUCACUUGGGUUUGGUGGUGACGUAGGCUUUGGUUCAGAGAAAUGUUUGGGUACAGAUCCA